AUGUAACGCUGCAUUAGUUCCCAAGCUAAUUAAGGGCAAUUCCACCAAACAGAUAAGGAUAGCGUAUCAAUAGAAAAUGCGGGGUUAUCAGAGUAUCAACUCCUUAUCGAACCUCCUAUCUCAACCAUAUCUCUCCAUUUCACCUACAAAUGUCCAUAGAGCCCCCUCUGUACACCUUCAUACACAAUCUCAAUACUCCAAAUCACCGCGAAACCUAGGAAAAUCGCACGAUGUCCUCUCCGAUCCCCCACAUAUCCAACUGGAUCAACGGCACCCAUACCGCCGCAACCCCGCAAACCAUCACCGUCCUCAACCCAGCGACCGAAACGCCCCUCGCAACUAUCGAUGCCACACCCCCCGAAACAGUCCACAAGGUCCUCGCCUCCGCCGUACACACGUUCCAAAGCGGCUCAUGGUCCAAAACCGACCCAGGAGACCGCUUCACCGUCCUCUCAACCGCCGCGCGCCUCCUCCGCGCCCGACUGGACGACUUCAUCACCCUCGAAACAACCCAAACAGGCCGCCCAAUCCGCGAAAUGCAAACCCAACUCACCCGCGUGCCCGAAUGGCUCGAGUACUUUGCCUCCCUGGCGCGCGUCCACGAAGGCCGCGUACCGCCCUUCAAAGGUCCCGUCGUAAACACACUCACCCGGCUCCCGUUAGGCAUCGUCGCCCAGAUCACGCCCUAUAACCACCCUUUACUAAUCGCGACUAAGAAAAUUGCCGCCGCCCUGGCGGCGGGGAAUGUGGUUAUCGUUAAGCCGAGCGAGCUUGCGCCGUUGUCGGUUCUGAAGCUGGGCCCCUUGUUCCAGGAGGCCGGGUUGCCGGAUGGGGUGUUGCAGAUUGUUUGCGGGUAUGGGCAGGAGACGGGGAAGGCCCUUUGUGAGUCGGCAGAGUUGGCGAAGAUUGAUUUGACUGGGGGGUUGGGAACGUAUAGGGCGAUUGCGCCUGUUGCGGCGGCGAAUAUGGUCCCCGUGACUGCGGAGUUGGGGGGAAAGGCGCCGGUUUGUUUGUUUCCGAGCCUGGAGGUUGAGAGGGCAGUGCAGGCCGCGUUGUUUGCGGGAUUCAUUGCGAGUGGACAGACUUGCGUGACGGGGAGUCGGUUGUUGGUUCAUGGGGAGAUCUAUGGGCCAUUUAGGGAGUUGUUAGUGCAGAGGGUUAGGGGCUUGAGGAUUGGGGAUCCGAUGGAUGGGCGGACGCAGAUUGGGACGGUGAUCUCGCGGGCAGCGGUGGCGAGGUGUUUGGCCUUUGUCGAGAGGGCGGUUCUGGAUGGGGGGAGCGUUAUGUGUGGUGGACGUGCUACCACAGGGCCUGAUGGGAAGGGGUUUUUCUUUGAGCCGACGGUUAUUGAGGUACGGGCAGAUUCACAUCUGGCUUGUAAUGAGGUGUUUGGACCAGUGAUUGCGUUGAUUCGAUGUGAGUCGGAGGAGGAGAUUGUUUCGAUUGCGAAUAGCACGCCGUUUGCCCUGGGUGCUUCUGUCUGGUCGAAUGACUUUACUCAGGCGCAUCGCGUUGCGGCGAAGAUCGACGCGGGUAUUGUUUGGAUUAAUGGCCAUCAUCUCAAUGACCCAUCGUCACCUUGGGGUGGGUUCAAGGAAAGUGGAAUGGGGAAGGAAAAUGGGCUGGAGGCUUAUGAGAGUUACACAAAGGUCAAAAGUACGCUGAUGAACUACGGAGUGGCGCCCGUCUGGUUCGAUGACGAGGUCGUAAAUGCACGAUACGGGUAAAUGUGGCCCGAAUUAAAGGGUUUGAGACUCUCUUGAAAGCAGAUAGACCGAUGAAAGAGAGUAGUGGCAUUCUUCAUAGCAAAAAAUCAUUAAGACGGCAUCUUUGCUCGUGACCAACAGCUCAAGUUUCAUCACCACAGAACACUUUA